AUGUCCGCAUGUGUAGUGGUUCUAGUGGUUGCUGAAACAUCCCCUGGACUUCACAGUUCACACCGUGUAAAAAAAUCUGGCCCCUGCAACUGGGCAGCAUUGUCUAUUGACGUGUCCUUUGGGUUGGGCUGUGCAUUCUACUCUCUGUGGUGUGGACCUAGAGCAGGGGAAGACUUGGGACGCGGUGAUGCACACGCACAGGACCGUUGGUCUGCACUCUGUACUCUGUACUCUGUACCACGGACACCUCUCCUACACCUUCACCUUGGCUCUCCCAUCCCAUGCCAAUCCCUCUAUAAGUGCAGCCCGGGUGGCAUCACAGGCACCGUUCCAUGCCACAGGCAAAAUACCCACAAGAACCUCUCAAUCAAGAAGAACAUGGCACAGUCGGCGAAGCUGCUGCUUCUCCUCCCUGCCCUCCUUCUGCUCCUCCUUGUCCAAGCGCAAGGUGCACGGCCGGCGGCGGCGGCGGCGUCGAACGCGACGAAGCUCAGGCCCAGCAGCAAGUGCUUGGCGUCGAGCGUGACGGUGUCGCAGUCCAACACGGGCGACAAGGCCGGGUACGACCCGGUGUUCGAGGUGACGGUGCGCAACACCUGCCGCUGCGCCGUCCGCGGCGUCUACCUCCGCUCCGAGGGCUUCGCCAGCUCCGUCGCCGUCGACCCGCGCCUGUUCCGCCGGGACGGGCGCGACUACCUCGUCGGUGACGGGCGCCGGAUCGAGGCCGCCGCCGAGGUGCGCUUCCGCUACGCCUGGGACCGUGCUUUCCGGAUGACCACCGCCACCGUGCACGACGACUGCUCCUGACCGUACCUGAGUCGUCGCCGUCGUCCUGAAUCGAUCCAUGGCCGCCGUCGGCGAAGAUAAUCGAGCUGGUCAAUUUGGCUGCCUUACCUUACCUGCGCUGCGCAGACGAGACGAGCCUUCACCGGGUGAAGUGCAGUAGCUCUCCUGUAACGAGAGCAGGUUUUCCAGUCCUUGAUGAAACGGACUUGUUGUCGUGCUGGACAGGGAACUUAGUACUUUUAUAUACACUUGUGUUUAGUGCUUAGUUUGCUGAAUCAUAUAGUACUAUAAUACUAUUCCCUGUCCGAACAAAAAUGUAAUCUUAGUAUCGUAAACUAAGUCAAUGUUAGUUUAUGAUAUAUAUUAAAUAAAUGUCAUUACAUUCGUUCCAUGAUA